CAUCAGCUGUGCCGACAUUCAUAAAGCCAAGAGAUUUGUGAUCCGCAGAUGAUCCAAUCCAAGGCCUUUAAUGGUUCUUGGGAAUCUCAAUGGGCCUACGUGUAUCUUGAUGAAUUUCACCAAGGUCAUCUCUGAUUGGCCCUCCAGGAGGGGGGGGCGCCAUUAUAUAAAACCCGCUUCCCAGUUGGCCCCCCAAACAGUUCCGCCGAGAUCACGAAUAUCGUAGUAACUGGUGGGUGAGCAGGAGGGCUAUACAUACACUUAUCGGGGAUCGGUGAUCGGGGACAGGUCAUCGCCCCGUCCGUGAAAGCGAUCAAGCGGCAAUCAACUGCAAUUGCAACUCUCCAUUCAUCAUUCGCCAGCGCAAAAUGUCGACGCAGCAACAGCAGUUGGACUACAUCGAGCGGAAUCUCGUGUACGAGAUCUUCAAGUACUUCGGAUCGGGCGUUUCUUUGGCGGGCCACCGAGUGGAGUGCUCCAAUGGGCUGGACGGAUUCAUGUCCGCCCUGUAUACGGUGGAGUUGGAUCUGGUGCUCGCCGAGCGCCAGCGGACGGAGGUCGUCCUGGUCAAGUUCAUGAAGGGCACGGAGGAGUACCGCGAGCAGAGCAACUCGUACAUCCAGUUCGCCAACGAGGUGUUCGCCUACGCCGAGAUCCUGCCCGCCUACGAGCACCUGCUGCGGACGAGUCACUUGGCCAGCGAGUUGGUGGCCAACUGGGUGCCGCGCUGCUACUUUGCCAAGUUCGGAUUGGUGAAUGGCCUCGGGAGCGGUCGCGAAUCUGUCCUGGCUCUGAAGCAUCUCAUGGGCGAUGGCUACCAGCUGGGCCCGCGGCUAAUCCUUCGCCGUGAUCAACUGGAGGCCAUGGUUGGCCUCAUUGGGCCCUUCCAUGCCCUGGGCUAUGCCACACGAAUACUCCAGCCGCAGGUUCAUGCCCGCCUGCGUGCCGGUGUGCUGGACAUGCCCUUUGUCUCCAGUUCGGGCAAAACUGGCUUCGAUGUGCUCUAUCGCGUCGCCUUCGAUCGCUUCUACGAGUUCUACGACCGGCAGAGGGAGCAGCUCCUCCAGGACUCGGAUGCUGGCCUAGACGCCGCCAUCGAGCGUCUGCGCGAGAAGUACUUCGCCAAUCCCACGCAUCUGCUGGAGAGGAUUCGCACCACAUCCUAUGCCGACGAUCAGCCGGAUAGUUACUUCGCCACAUUCCAGCAUGGAGACUACAAUCGUAACAAUGUGCUCUUCCACUACGGCGACGAUGGCCAGGUGGAUGCCAUCAAGACCAUCGAUUUCCAGGAGCUGCGCUUCAGCACCACGGCCAUUGACCUCAGCUUCUUCAUGUACAUGAACACGCCUUCGCAGGAAAGGGAGGAGAUCUUCGCGGAUCUGCUAAGGAAGUACCACAAGCACAUGAUCGAAAUGCUGGAGCUGGUGCUGCAUCGCAAUCGGGAUGAGUUGAGCGACGAGCGGGUGGAGCAGCUCCUGGCGGAUUACAGCUUUGAACGCUUCGAGGCCCACUUCAAGCGAUAUGCCUUUUACGGAGUGAUGGUUUGCAUGCACUUCAUGCCCUGGAUUCUGGGCAGCGAGGCGGACUGUGCCGAGUUGUCCCGACUCUUCGACACGAACAUGCAUGGCCAGGCCUUCAAUCAACUGUCGCUGGACAUCGGCGGUGACGUGGCCAACGAGGAAAUCUUCAAGACGCUGCGUCACGCCUACAAGCAUGGCUACAUGGACGAGAUUUAGACACCAAGAGCUCGCUUAUAAAGUACCACAUUUCGUAUAACAUCUGCAGAAUGCCUCGUUAUGUAGAGAUCAUAUUAAAUAUUCCGACAGUUACAUUUCCAAUCUACGACUGUUUUCCGACUAAAUAAAGUACUGACUUUCAGUUGUCGCAGGUAAA